AUGGAAGUAAUGAAAGCAAACCCCGCAAUUGGGGCUACCAACAUGAAACAUCAACAACAAUUUUUUAUCGACAGAAUGGGAUUCGAUGAUUUGCAAACAUGUAUCAAGCAGGGGAAGAGAAGUAUGGAAAUAUUUUAUUUUCAAGCUCUUCUCAGUGCACUCUCUAAAAACUUUCAAAAUUUUCCAUGGCCAUGGGCCAUGUUUGGAAUCGCCAGUAAAUUAAAUAUUUAUUUAUUAAUUCCACAUGAUUGUCAGACUGAUUUUGAUCUCAACGGCAUUGUUUCGAUUACGAAAAUUCAGUUAACUGAAUCUAUUUUCCCACCACACACCAGUUGGUCAACAAUUGAGUUUUACUUGAAUCAAUUUCAUUUCAAUUUCGUGAUUCACGUAUUUAUACUCGCAGUUCGAUAUAUUGAUCAACGUCCUUGGAUCGAAACAUAUGUGAAACACGAUACCAUCAUUGCAAAAACAACAUCAGAUGUUCCGCACUUUGUGAACCAUAAAGUUUCAAUUGCACGAAAAAUUACUGUUUACUGA